UCUAUUCCUCGAUGUGUUUGUCUCCACAGUCCACACUGUUCAUCUCCUCUCGCUGCGAUCCCCAAAUCCCGAACUGAAUCCGCCCCAAUCCAUGGACUGGAUGGCUCCUCCCAAGCCCACCUCCCCUCCCCUCCUCUGGGACUGGGCCGACGCCGCCGUGCCGGGCUCCUCCGGCGAGGCGGCGGCAGCGGCGGCUGCUCCGGGGAGGCGACGGAAGGAGAAACGGGCAAGGGCGGAGGAAGUCGGCGGUGGCGGAGGAGGAGGAGGAGGAGGAGAGAAGGUGAGGUGCCAGGUGGAGGGGUGCGGGCUGGAGCUCGUCGGCGUCAAGGAUUACCACCGGAAGCACCGCGUGUGCGUCGCCCACAGCAAGUUCCCCCGCGUCAUCGUCGCCGGCCAGGAGCGCCGCUUCUGCCAGCAGUGCAGCCGGUUCCAUGCGCUCUCCGAGUUUGAUCAGAAGAAGAGGAGCUGCAGGAGGCGUCUGUAUGACCACAACGCUCGCCGUCGGAAGCCCCAGACUGACGCAUUCUCCUUUGCAGCGGCGAGGGUGCCGUUGUCACUAUUGUUCGAUGAUAGCCGAGAAAUAAGUUUUGUCUGGAACAAAGAUCUACUCAGCCAAGUAAAGCCUUUCGCUGUUUCUCCAUGGGAAAGUUCAUCUGAAGUUGGGACAACUGAUGGACAUAUUUAUUUGGAUAAAUCUCACCUAUCCAAAUCUCUCCCAACAUUUAACACCAACAUAUAUGAACUUUUACGAAUGAAAGGUCCGGACGCAUCUAUAACUGCUUCAAAAUUCGAUGGAGCGCCGGAUCUUCAGCAUGCUCUCUCUCUUCUGUCAGCUAGUUCUUCUGGAUUACCUGAUCCUGUACAGCAAGCAUCUCGCCUCAUCCAAUUCACAGGCGGCAGCCAAAACAGCCGGGGGCUCCCUCCACUUCAUGGAGGGAACUCUGGUUCAGCAUCAUGUGCCGAUGUACAACCUACGGCACAGCCGGCUCAUCUGGUCCGUUUUACCAUGGGUGCCAGCAGCAAUGCUUGUGAGUCCAAUUUCUUCAGUUUGAACCAGAUAAACUAAGGGCCUGGACCGUAAGAUCUGUCGUCGAUUUGCGCCAAUAUCCACCAAGUUGGCCUGAGCGGAUUCAGGAAUUGCUUCUAUCAACUAUCAGAAUGCAAAGUGCCACUGGUAAUGUUGUCGACAUAAAUAUCAGUCUCAUCUGAACUAAAAUCGAACCAAACGAUGGCCUGCUUGUGUUUGCGUUUCAAUACAGUUGCAACCUGUGGUUGUCCCCUUUCUUCCCUAUUAUUUUAUGCCAAUGUACCUAUGUUCAAACCGUGGUCUCUGUCAUUUAUACCUGUACAACCUAGUUCCAAAAUGUCAUGUAUUUGAAUCUGUUCUUGACGAAUUUGGGACGUGAUUUCAAACUGCUGUUUUUAGCAGCGGCAUGUGGUUUCAAUACAAUGGUGGUAUGCUUUGGCUCCAUAACAA